AUGAUUUUGCCAAUUAAUUAAUUAAAGUUUAUACAGCUUUUAACAAUAUUUAUUCAUCAUAAAUCAUUAAUUAAUUCAUUCUUAAUUUAAAAAAACAAAUUUAUUUUUGUUUGUCUCUUAUUUUAUUAAUUAAUUUUAAAUAUAGCUUGGGACUUGAGGAAUUUGUCAUAGUAAAAAUCAAAAGUGAUCACACCAUUUUCCAAAUAUUCAACAUCUUCAAUUUAUUUCUUGUAUGGUCUACCAACUAAUGAUAGCAAUAUUGAUAUUGUUAUUUGUACAGCAGGUCUUCUUAUAACCAGUACCACAUAAGUUUUUACCAUGGUUAAUGGUAAAUACGAUUCUUCAACAGCAUGGACAGCAUUUAAUUUAUUGGAAACCACUUCAAAUCUUUAACAGUUUGGUAAUGGAGUCUCAUAUUUAAAUGGAAAUAUUUUAAAAAUAUAAAUAGGAUCAUUUUCUUAUUCUUCCAUCUUGAAAUAUAAUCUCAAGAAUUACUAAAUUUAACAACAAGGAAGCUAAAUAGUAGGUAUAGAUCAAAACUCAAGUCAGAUUUAAAUUUUCAGUAAUUUCCCUACAACUGUUUAAUGGAAGCAAUGUAAUCCAAUUUGCUUGACUUGUGAUUAGACUAAUUAGUGCACAGAGUGCUAUUAAAGUAAGAAUAGAAUUCUUUUAAAUGGAACCUGUGUAUGUUAGAAAGGAUACUACUAAGAUUAAAAUAAUAAUUGUGUAAAAUGCAAACCUAAUUGCCUUGAAUGUACAUCCGCAGAUGUUUGCACAAUAUGCGAUUCCUCCUUAAAUAGAGUAUUAAAUUCUAAUGAUUGUGUAUGCUAAUAAGGUUUUUAUGAAGAUUUACCAAAUCUUUUUUGUUUCUAAACGGGAUAGUGUCCUGCAAAUUGUUUAAAUUGUGAUAAUCUUGGUAAAUGUAUCAGCUGCGAUUCAACUAAACACUUUAUUUUACAAAAUUCAAUCUGUGUUUGCGAAUAAGGAUAUUAAUUUAAUUAAUCUACAUAAAAUUGUGAUUCUAUUUGUUAGUCACCUUGCUAAUCUUGUAUCCCUGGAACAAAUUAAUGCUAAACUUGUAUGAAGGAUUAUUAUUUUUUGGAAGGAAAUUGCAUUUAAAACUGUCCUAAUUAGUAUUACUAAAAUUAAUCUACAAACACAUGCGAUACAUGCUAGGUUAAUGGAUGCUAUAUUUGUUAAACAUCAGCUAAUGUUUGCAAUCAAUGUAAAUAGAGCUAUUUUUAAAUGAGUGAGGUAUCCUGCUUAUUAAACUGUCCUAGUGGAUAUAAUCAAAAUAAUACUGAAUAGAAAUGCCAACAAUGUAAAGUCAAAGGCUGUAAUACUUGUAGAUAGUCGAUUAAUUCUUGUGAUUAGUGUUAAAAUGGAUUAUAUUUAUUAAAUAACUAGUGCUAUUCUUAGUGCCCUAGUGGAUUUGCUACUUAAACUGUAAAUGGGGUUUAACUAUGCUAGGAUGCAUUAACUUAUUAUGAUGUUUAUCAAGAAAAAGAUAAUUAAAUAAAUAUUAAUUUCAAAUCUAACGGUAAUAUAGAUAUAGAUUUGCUAUUGUAAAAUCUGAAUGUUUAUAUACCAGAUAUUAGCUAUAGCAUAAAUAAAUAAAUCAACAACUCUACAUCUAUUUUAGCUACAGUUAUUUUAGCAAAGGAAAUUAAUUAGAUAUUGCCUUCUAAUGUAACAUUUUCAAAUUCAUAGAAUUUGAAUUUAGCCUACAGCUCAAAAUAAAUACAACUAAAGUUGGUUAAUUAGCUUUCUGGUUCAAAUAAAAUCGCUGCUCAAGCUAUUUCUACAACAGCAUAAGCAACAUCAAAAGUCACACAAGCUGCUAUUAUCCCUUUAUAAUUAUCUGGUAAUUUUAGAUUUAUCGCCUCUCUUGUUGAUAUCAGUUAAAUUAUCUACGUUAUGUAUUUCCUUCAAAUAGAUAUUCCUUUAAAUCUAUAAGGUUUCUUUGAAGGAUUGGAAGAAGUCAAGGUUCCUUUUGUUAACUUUUUUGGGUAACUUUAGAAAAGUAAUAAAAUUAUUUAUAAUGCUCCUGAAAAAUUUGAAGAAUAAGAUAUUUAAGGAUUUUUUUUGGAUAAUUUUGGUGAUAAUAUGUCAUACGCUUUACUGAUUAUUGGUAUUCAUUUAUUUGUAAAAUUCAUAGUCAGAAAUGUGAUACUUAAGAGAUAUGAAUAAUCUUUAUCUAAGAUAAGUAGAUCUGUUUUAAACCCUAAGUUUUACUUAGAUUUGCUAUGGAGUAUGUUUUAGGAGUUAUCAAUAGCUGUUUUCCUUUAGAUCUAAGUAAUUCAAAAUGUUAAGUAUGUAUAAGAAGUGAUAAAUUACAUAUUUUUUGGGAUUGGAUUUGUUGCAAUUUUAAUUCCAUUUAUCUUAAUGUAUAUGAUUAGAAAAGAAAAGUAUGAUUGGAUAACUGAGCCUCUAUCUGAAGAAGUUAAUAACAAAUUUUAUAUCAUAUUUUUAUAUAUACGUAAAAUGUAUAUAGUAAUGACUAUUACCUUAGUAUAAAAUGCUCCUUUAGCUUAAAUUAUCUUAAUAUCUCUCUAUCAUCUUGUAACUUUAGUAUUCAUUUACAAAGUGAAGCCUUAUAAAGAAAAAAGUGAUAAUGUUAGACAUUUUAUGUAAACAUUCCUCUUUUUACUAUCCACCCUUUUACUGAUAUUUUUCUUGUAAAACAAUCCUCAAAAUAAUGAAAGUAUUGGAUUCGGAUGGUUUGUCAUUUCUAUGUUUGCUUGUAUUAUCUUAAUAGACUUUAUUUUCUUCUUAAAAGAGACCUUCAAAUCCGUAAUAGAAAACCUAAAGAAAUUAAAAGAGAAACUAUCAUCUAUUAUAGAUUUCUAUAUAACAAAGAAAAACAGUAAAUUAGAAGAAAUGCAAGUAUCAGAAACUUAUAUUGGCAAUUCUGAAAAAAAAUAAAAAAACUUACCAGAAAUUUAAAUUAAUGGUUAAAAAGCCUCAAAUAUUAAGGUAAAUAGAUACAAUUUUUUAUCAGAUGUCAAUGCUAAAAAUAACAACAAUAAUAAUACUGGAGCAGGUUCAGAUGAGCACUCACCAAUUUCAAUUCAGCAAUAAGGUAUAACUUAAGGAAAACCUACAACAAUGAUAAAUAGUGAUAAACUUUCUUCGAAUGAUAUAAAUAUGGAAAUUGACUCUUCAAGCCACACAAAAGAUUUAAACAUUGAUGAAGUUGUGAGCUCAAUUAAAAUUCCUUCAAAAGAUUACCAAAAAAGUAAUUUCUUAUCAUUAGUAAAUUCAUAACAAAAAUUAACUUGUAGUACCUAACAAUUAAAUACCAAUACAAACGAGACUUAUACUCCUUAAAGCACAUAAUAUAAUCUCUAAAAGAAAAAUACUUUAAAGCAUAUAAGCGAUAGCCAGAUAUCUAAUCCAUCUAUAUUUAAGAAAUAAUGA